AUGGACGUGGUCAUCUCGUGCUUGACCUUGCUCCAGUUCAACGAGGAGAUGAAUCUCAUUGAAGCGUCGAGCAAGGCCAACGUCGGUCGGUACAUACCAAGCUUCUGGGGCCCAGCCUGCGAGCCACGAGGCGUCAUGAGGAUUAGGGAAAUGAAAGAGGACUUUUUAGACCGUAUCAAAAGCCUCAAUCUCCCUUACACCAUCAUUGACGUUGGCUGGUGGUAUCAGCUGACCUUGCCUGCUCUGCCGUCAGGGAGAUUUCGGCCAGCUGCGGAAGAGUACUCUACCACCCGCAUUAUUGGAGACGGCAAUGUUCCUUGGGCCCUCACCGACAACCGCGAUAUUGGGAAGUUUGUCUCUAGAAUCAUCGCCGACCGGAGCACUUUGAACAAGAUGGUCUUCGCCUACGGAGAGGUUAUAACACAGAACGCUGCCUUCGAGCUUCUUGAGAGGGUAUCCGGAGAGACUGCCCGCCGACAAUUUAUAACCAAGGAAGAGUUGCAAGAUAUCAUCACCCAAGGCCGCGCAAAGUCUGGCGAGGAGAACAUCAAGGAUGUGACGAUUCUGCUCAACAUCGCCAUGGCAGAGUAUCGGAAUGUUCUCGGCAUCCGAGGCGACAAUACUCCCGAAAAGGCACGAAGCCUUGGAUAUCUUGAUGCACGAGAUUUGUAUCCCGACGUGGAGGUCACUACCCUUGAGAACUACAUCAGAGGUCUUGUACGCUGA